CACCCACUCGAAAUAUCUCGAGAUUUUCGAAGAUACAUGAGCCAUUCGAGGAUCAAAAGAGACCCAGGGAUGCCGGGGCCUUUUAAUAACAAUACCAUGUAUCACGAAAAUUUCUCGGUACGUUCCCGAGGUUUUAAAAAAUCGAUAAAUUCUAGACAGAAUAGGAAUAAUAGUCACAAACAACACAGAGGGCGAAAAAUUGAUACGGAUGACCAAAAAGGUCUAGGAUUCAUCCCCCCUACAUACACGGAAUUUAAUAAAAUGAUUCGAUUUUCAUCACCCGAUGACGAUACUCAUCAAAUGAACAAUUAUAAAAGCGAUUCACCAUAUUCCGUCAAUCGACCCCAAUUUGCAAAUAUUCCAAUUACCGAUGCAGAAAUAGGCUUUCAUAUGAGACGUGGAUAUUCUAGGGUGAUUCCCAGUGCUUCCAUGAUAAUUCAUCAUAAUUCGGUUCCAACGUGUGUUGACAUUCCAAGAAGCCUAACUUUGUGCCAAGGAAUAGGAUACGGCAAAAUGCGUUUGCCAAAUCUAUUAAAUCACGAUUCCUUGAACGAGGUAGUAAAACAAGCCAGCUCUUGGGUUCCUCUAUUGAGCGUAAGCUGUCAUCCGGAUGCUAGAAUAUUCCUAUGCUCUCUCUAUUCUCCCGUAUGUCUAGAUAGACCUAUAUAUCCAUGCCGAUCUCUAUGCAGAGCUGUAAAGGGAGGCUGCGAAUCCAGGAUAAAAUUAUACGGAUUUCCAUGGCCCAAAAUUCUUGAAUGCGAAACUUUUCCACCUGAUAAUGAUCUUUGUAUCGCUUCUCAGACCGUUAAGGCUGCUACAAAUAAUCAAGUUAUAAAUGUUUCCAACUCAUCCCAACACUUUAAUAGUCGUCAAAAUCAAAUGGAAAAACAUCACACAGUUGAAAAAAUAUGUGAACCCUGCCCGAGAUCGAUCACUUAUGAAUCCAUAUUGGAGAACUUUUGUAGAUCUGAUGUAGUUAUCAAAAUCAAAAAUCAUCACAAAAAAUUCACUUUCACUGAACGCAGAGAGGAUAGCGCAAGACAAACAUCGACUCAUAACCAACUUUCGUAUAUUUUAUAUAACAAACAAGUAGAAGCUGGUAAAAGAAGAGUCAAGCGCACACCAGAAGAGGACAAUGUAAACAAUGUCUUACUAUUCAUGAAGGAUUAUAAGGUGAAAAGAAUUUUCAAAGUGGGGACAUUUUUAAAACUUGAAUUCGACGAUCCCAAAAUGAUUUACAUGAAUAGUAGGCGGAAAAGGUUGAGUAAGCAACAAGGCAUGCUAAAAUGCGCGUGUAACAAGCAGACUCAAAUCAACGAAACGCGGAGCGUUAAAUCGAAGGGGGAUAACAGGUACUUCUUGGUGAUGGGUAAACAAAUAGCCGAUAAGAUCUUCGUAAAUUUCAUGACACCAUGGGAUAAAUCCAACGUAAGCUUUAGGAAAGCCGUCAAGAAGUUAAAAAAUCUGGAUUGCGGGGCAAGUCAGUAGAAGAGCAGCAAUAUGACGUCUUUAUUGUCGUUUAAUUUUCAAUAAUAUUUAAAAACGUUGGUCGCAACGUAUACAGUUUAAUUACAUCAUCAAAUCUUAUUACCCGAGUUAUGUACAUAUUUUAUUUAUUAUAUUUAUCUAGAUAAAUUUAUUUAUUUAUUGUACAGUUUAA